AUGGAGCUUAUUACAGGUUAUAUUGAUGAUGGUGUAGCUGCUGAAAAUCUAAGAGUUCAAGCCAGAAGAUAUUUUCAUAGCUAUAAUUUUUGGUUGGAUGUUAGCAGCAUAUUUCCAUUUGAUUUUCUAUUAAUUUAUCGUAGUGAUAUAUCGUUGGUACGCCUUAAUCGUUUGUUAAAAUCGUAUCAUUUCAAUUAUUUUAUUGAUCGUACUGAAAUUCGUACAAAUUGGCCAAACGCAUUCAAAAUAUUCGUCCUCAUAAUGACUUGUGUUGUGUUAUUCCAUUGGAACGCUGCUGCAUAUUUCCUAAUUAGUGUUACUAGCGGCAUUUACAGUGAAGAUCCUGACGCAUGGCAAUUCACUUAUACGAAAAUCGCGGAUCCAGUCAUCCCGAAAUGUAAUACAUUCCAAUUAACAAGUGAUUCAACAAACUGCGGUUUUAAUGAAACAGGUAGAAAUGUAAACAAUCGCCUCGAAUAUAUUGAUGAAAUGAUGCAAUAUUGGAGAAACAGGUCAAAAAUACUGACAUUUCCAAACUUCAGUAAAGAAUAUGCAUUAUCAAUUUACUGGUCAUCACUGACAUUAACAACGAAAGGACAACAGCCUUAUCCAAUGAGUUCACUCGAGGAUACACUUGAAGUUAUCGAUACGUUAAUCGGUUUGCUCAUUUUUGCCGUAAUUGUUGGCUCUGUUGGAAGUGUCAUAUCAACAAUGAAUAAAGAAAAAUCCGAAUUUCAAGAGAUCCUGGAUGGCAUUAAAUUUUACAUGAAUUAUAGAAAAGUGGACUCAGAUAUUCAAAAGCGGGUCCUGAACUGUUGCGACUAUAUCCAUGAUCAAGGAAUUUCCAAAGAUGAAAGUGCGCUUCUGGACGGAUUACCUAGAAAGUUGCACGGUCAAUUAGCGACACAUUUACAUAUGGUUACUUUGCAACAGGUCGAACUACUUAAGGACUGUGAACAAGGACUGCUCUUCGAACUUAUUCUUCGAUUGAAGUUCCAACUUUUCAGUCCAAAUGACUAUAUUUGUCGUCGCGGCGAAUUGGCACGGGAAAUGUACAUUGUGAAACGCGGACAACUUAACUGUGUUAGUGAUGAUGGUAAGGUUGUCCUUGGAAUCUUAAAGGAAGGUGCAGUUUUCGGUCAAUUGGCCAUCCUUAAUUUAUCUGAAAAGAUCGGUUGUAAUAAGCACACCAUGGCAAUUCGUUCGAUUGGAUACACCGAUGUUUAUAUUCUACGUCAGGAAGAUGUAAACGAUGUCCUACAAGAAUAUCCUCUAGCCCGACGAAAUUUAACAGAAAAAGCUAUACAGAUGCUUCGAGAUGACGGCUAUUGGAAUAACACAAUAGCCAUUGAAAAGAAAGUUUAUGGUAGCACUUCAACAUUGGAGGAACAGCUUGAUGAGAUUGGAAAGACAAUUAACGCACUUGGUGACGAAAUUAACCGAUUAUACGAAAUGUUCGAUAAUAUGUCAUCGGAUUUCAAGCAACGACUCACCAGACUUGAAGGCGCAUAUAAGACAAGAUGUGAAAGGCAAAAAAUGAGAAGACAAUUUGUCAUAAAACAUAAGCAUUGA